AUGGAGUUUGUGCAGAAGGCCGUUCGCACGAAGCAGUACCGGGGCGAUGGCCAAACUUUCAAGCUCAACGGCAAGAUGCUCAAUGCCUCCCUCAAGGGUGCCGUGAUGCUGCCCACGGUGCCGACUCCUGAGCGUGCUCGAGGCGAGUUGGAGCCUGGGCUCCGGCCGGAGAUCGUGGCCCUGGACACCCUGGAGGCGGUGAGGCAACUGGCCCAGGAAGGCUUCUUGGACCCAGGCGUCUUGGUCUUCGCGAGCGACACGAAUCCGGGCGGGAGCCGCAAGGGGGCCAACGUGGGAACCCAAGAGGAGGCCCUGUGCCGGCUCUCCACCUUGAGGCUGGCACAGGAGCAGCUGGAGUAUCCCAUCCCAACCUUGGGCGUGGCCUACGUCCCUCAGGUCCAAGGGCUGCUCCCUUCGGGUGUGGUCGGCUUCGGCGCCGUCUGCUCGGCUUUGCGCCAGUGCCUGGCAGACGAGACCCCCACUGCCAAGGAGGCCAAGUUCCUGGAGGCCAAGGUGCAAAGUGUGCUUGGGACGGCGGUGGCCUUCGGCCACCGCAGCCUCGUCCUCGGCGCCUGGGGCUGCGGGGCCUUUGGGAAUCCGCCCAAAGCGGUCUCCAAGGCCUUUGCAAGUCAGCUCCAACUCGACAACUUCCAAGGCGCCUUCGAUCGCGUCCUCUUCGCCAUCCCCGACGACGCCCUGCGCCGGGCCUUUGUGGAAACCUUUGAAGAAGCCUUUGGCGAGGCUCUGGUGUGCACGCCGCCCUAG